UCUGUGCUCAAGGCUCGAGAGUUGGUGAUUCUGUCGCUCGAAUAGCGAAUUGCGAUUUCCAGCGCAGGAAGGGAAGGGAAGGGAAGGGAAGGAAGCGCAAGGGGCUGGCUUCUUGACCGAGAGGGGAGGAGCUAUGGCGUCCACUGCGAGCGCCACCGCUGUGCUUGCGAGGAGGAGCUUCUGCUCGGCGUCACCGUGCGCGCGGCUCGCGGUUUCGCUGGGGUCCGCGCAGAGAUCGUCCUCGUGUGCAGCGUCGAAUUGCCGUCGCAGCUUUGUGAGCUGGUCUUGGCCGCGUGUGGCGGUGGCCUCUCGGAGCGUGCCGAGAGGGAAUUUCAUCUUCCUGAGCGAAAAUGUGGCUUCUGUGCGUGGAAUUCAUGGCGCACAGGCCGGUCGUCGAGGAGCUGCGGUCAUGGCUUCUUCGUCUUCUUCUUCUGCCAGUCCUGUGGGGACCAUCGUCUCGGAGCCGUCUACCCCCGUCGACAAUUCUUCUGCAGGAGAUUCGGUGGAACCUUUAACAUGGCGUGCAAGCAUCGACUUCAAAGGAAUACGAGAAAAUAAGGAAGCAAUUGCUGCGAACAUUAUCAACCGAAAGUCUACCGGCGACGUUGAGCUUGUGGUGGAAUUGUACGAGCAGUCGGUUCGUUUAAGCAUGGAAGUUGAUAAACUGCGAGCGGAGAGAAACGCAGUCGCAAGUGCCAUGAAAGGAAAGCUCGAACAAGCCAAGAGGCAAGAGCUUAUCACCCAAGGAAAAGAGCUGAAGGAGCGUCUAGCAGGCCUGGAAGUGUCUCUGGCUCAGCUGUCAGAUAAGCUUCAGAGAGAGGGGCAACGGAUCCCGAAUAUGACCCACCCAAGCGUGCCUAUAGGUUCUGAAGAUGUCGCUACUGUGCGUAAGCAGGUUGGUGAAAAACCAGUAUUCACGUUCCCUGUGAAAACCCACGUCGAUCUUGGUCAAGAUCUUGACCUCUUGGACUUUGAGUCUGCCGCAGAGGUGAGCGGAAACAAGUUUUACUAUCUGAAAAAUGAAGCUGUGCUACUAGAAAUGGCACUGAUAAAUUGGACGCUUUCGGAAUUGAUAAAGAGGGGUUUCACACCUUUGACCACCCCAGAUCUUGUGCGCUCUUCUGUUGUUGAGAAAUGCGGAUUUCAGCCCAGAGGCCAAAACACUCAGGUCUAUUCUGUGGAAGAUACAGAUCUCUGCCUUGCAGGGACAGCCGAGAUUCCAGUAGGUGGAAUGUACAUGGAUAGCAUGCUCACAGAAGCAUCGCUACCGUUGAGAAUUGUAGCGUUUUCUCAUUGCUUCCGAACGGAAGCUGGGGCCGCGGGUGCAGCGACAAGGGGCUGAUGUGCAGAGGUCUUUAUCGGGUCCAUCAAUUCAGCAAGUUGGAGAUGUUCGCGAUAUGUCAACCCGAAGAUAGUGAAGCUCUUCACGAAGAGCUCAUAUCGAUCGAAGAGGAGCUAUAUACUUCUUUAGGCCUGCAUUUUAAGACCCUCGACAUGUCAUCUGAGGAUCUUGGAGCUCCUGCCUACAGGAAAUACGACGUCGAGGCCUGGAUGCCGGGUUUGGAUCGGUACGGUGAGGUGUCAAGUGCAUCCAAUUGCACUGAUUAUCAAAGCCGCCGCUUGAAUAUUCGUUAUCGUCCCGAGCAUAAUAUGAUGAGAGACGGGCCGAAAACUAAAAUGCCUGCUCCUGUCUUUGCCCACACACUAAACGCCACAGCCUGUGCGGUUCCUCGGAUGAUCAUUGCAAUCUUAGAAAACUUUCAACAAGCUGAUGGAUCAGUCGUAAUACCCGAGCCUCUUAGGCCUUUUAUGGGGGGCAUGGAGGUUAUAGCCUCAAAAGCAAAGAAAUGAUGUAGUCUUUUUCGUGCAUCAGUUCCAGGUAUGAAAAUUCUCGGUAAGCUGUCUCGAGUUACCUCGAGCCCAUUCUUUGUCAUAGAACCAUCUCUCGUAGGAAACUUCGAUGAAUCCUCAACCGAUGUAUUGUACACAUAUUGAUUAUUGUUCUCAGUCCUCAUAUUUCAAGAGAAAAAUAAAACCUUCUGAAGAAAGCGA